AGUGAAAAUAGGAGUGUGAAUAGCAUUAGUGCCGUUGAUUAUCAUUCCCUUGUGCAAUAAAUACAAGCCACUUCACUUUUCACUCAGUAAACAAACAUGGUGGCGCGUACCCUAACAAAAACCCAAUGCUAAUGUGCACAGAUCCACACCAUUGGGCGCAAGUUAGCCGCAACCACUGACUGAAAACAACCUUGAAUUAUUUGUUGAAAGGGAAGCAUUAUAUUAUAGUAUUAGUAAACUGUAAUAGUUGUUGUUGCUGUUGCUGUUGCAGCUGCAUAAUCAUUGAGUUGGUGCCUACCUUCUGUUCCUUUAUACCAUCACUAUGUAUGUAUUAAUCUUCUUGGCUUUUGUCUACAGUACCUAAUUCCAUCUUGGUCCAAUUUCUUUAAAUUAAAGAAAAAAAGAAGCAACAAAACAAAAAAACCCACAAGUUUGUUUGUUGUCAUUUGAGGGUUGGUGGUGGUUGUGUGUCCAUUUGCGUUGAAAAAAAUAUAUACUUGUUUUUGAAUGGGGAUUGCUCCAGAUCUGUUAGAGAGAGAAAGAGAGAAUGGGGUUUUAGUGAUAGAAAUGGUGCUUCCUUUGCUUUAGUCUUUCUUUUCUGCUUCUUUCUCCCUUUGUCUAACUCUCAAGUUGAGGAGAGACAAUUUUAGUGCGUACUCCACUUUUUCUUUUUUCUUUUUGCUGUGAAAGCUUUUGCUUUUUUGCUUUCUUGAGGGUGUUAAUUAAGCUUUAGGAUAAGCCCUUUUUUUGCUCUUCAGUCGUGCACAUUUCAGAAAUAGAGAGAGAGAGAGACAGAGAGCUUAGUAGAAAAACAAAAUCAAAGAAAGCUGCAAAUAAUUAGUGGAAAUGAUGACAGCUUUUGGGAGCAGUGUCCGAACUAGCAACACUUGUAAUUCUCUGCUCAAACAACUUCAGCAAAUAUGGAUUGACAUUGGGGAGAGUGAAGCUGAGAGAGAGCGGAUGUUAUUGGAGAUCGAACAAGAAUGCUUAGAAAUUUAUCGAAGAAAGGUUGACGAGGCUGCUAAUGCAAAGGCUCGCCUUCAUCAGUCAAUUGCUGCAAAGGAAGCUGAGAUUGCAAUGCUUUUGGCAACUCUUGGUGAAAUCAAUGUUAAUUCCUCGGUCAACUCGGACAAGACUGCAAAAUCUUUGAAGGGACAGCUGGCCUCGGUAACCCCAUUAGUGGAUGACUUAAACCUUAAAAAAGAGGAAAGAAUGAAGCAAUUUGCAGAUAUUAAGUCGCAAAUCGAGAAGAUAAACGGUGAGAUUUCUGGAUACGGCAACAUUGUUAGUUCCGUAAAUGCCUUAAAUCUCGAAGGACAAGACUUAUCACUAAGAAAGCUCGUCGAAUAUCAAUCAAAUCUCCGUGCCCUCCAAAAGGAAAAGUCUGAACGAGUCCAGAAAGUUUUGGAUUAUGUGAACGAAGUGCAUGCAUUGAGCAGUGUCCUAAGUGUCGAUUUUGGCAAAACCGUGAGCGAUAUUCAUCCGAGCUUGCAUGGGUCGAGCAUGGAGCAUGUCACAAAUAUCAGCGACAGCACAUUAGAGGGGCUCGAUCAAGCUAUUCUUAGGCUAAAAGCAGAGAAAAAGUUUCGGUUUCAAAAGCUUAAAGACACAGUUGGGUCACUAUUCGAACUAUGGAACUUGAUGGACGUACAAAAAGAAGAGAAGCUCUCGUUUUUGAGAAUUACGUCGGUUGUUAGUUCAUCAGAAUCGGAAAUCGUCCAACAAGGCGCUCUUUCACUGAAUGUCAUUGAAAAGGUGUCAGUAGAGGUUGAAAGGCUUACGAAAUUGAAAGCAAGCCGAAUGAAGGAACUUGUUGUGAAGAAGAGGUCGGAGUUGGAAGAUAUAUGCUCGAAAACUCAUAUUCAACCUGAUCCAAACACAGCCGAUGAUAACACAAAUGCUAUGAUAGACUCCGGUUUGGUGGAUCCAUGUGAACUUUUAGCAAGCGUUGAGGCGCAAAUAUAUAAAGCCAAAGAUGAAGCUUUGAGCCGUAAAGAAAUAAUGGAUAAGAUAGACCGCUGGCUUUCUGCUUGUGACGAGGAAAAGUGGCUCGAAGAUUAUAAUCACGAUGAGAACCGUUACAGUGUUGGAAGAGGUGCGCACAGUAACCUAAAGCGUGGGGAGCGAGCUAGAAUUCCCGUAAACAAGUUCCCAGCGAUGGUGGAUAGUUUAAUUAGCAAGACGUUAGCGUGGGAGGAAGAGAAACGUAAACUUUUUCUCUAUGAUGGGGUGCGCUUGGUGUCAAUACUAGAGGACUACAAACGAGCUAGACAUCACAAGGAAGGAGAGAAGAAACGAGCUAGGGACCAAAAGAAACUCCAAGAUAUGCUGCUUACGGAGAAAGAAUCUAUGUAUGGAUCAAAGCCAAGUCCGAGGAGAAGCAACAGUUUUAGGAAGCCAAAUGGAUACGGGUCGUAUGGAAACGGGUCGGUGACUCCCUCGCCCCGUAGGAACUCAGUCGGGUGUUCAACUCCAGAGCUGCUCACACCGCGCUCUUAUUCCGGCCGACAAAACGGAUAUUUCAAAGAAAUGAGAAGACUUUCGACCGCUCCUUUAAACUUUGUCGCAAUUCCAAAAGAAGAUACCAUUUCAUUUUCCUCGGUUUAUGGUUCCGAGCCCGAGUCUCCUCCUCAAAGCUGAAUUUAUUAGUGAACGAAAGGUUAAAAGGCGGCUGGCUGACACACACACUUGAAAAAGAAACGAGGUUUCGUGAUGAUUUAGUUUGUACCAUAUGAUUAUUGUGAGUUGAUAGGGGAUAGGCAAAUUGCAAAUAUUGUGUUGGGAGUAGGGAGUUAAAUUAGUUACAGUUUGUGGCAUUUAGAUUUUUCAUGUUUUUUGCAUGUGUAUAUAUUAUGAUUGCUGUUGAGUCUGUAAUUUGAUGUGUAGCCAUACAUGAUGAGUUGAUUUGCUUGUUGCAUUUUCAAGACAUAAAUAAUUUGUUUACCUUUGUCCGAAAUCAUAUAUGUUGUGUUUUGUUGU